AUGACCUGCGACAGUCUCAUCCCACCAUCUGUGCCAACCCGUGCUGACCCAUGCCAACCCGUGCCCCUCAAUCAAGUCAGCGGUUUCAAAGCAGAAACUUCCCAACAACUACCACCUCUGGCCCCUCCUCUUACUCUGGUCCCUCCUCCUCUUCCUCUGGGCCCUCCUCUUCCUUUGGCCCCACCUCAUCCUCUGGCCCCUCCUCCUCCUCUGCUCCUGCAUCCUCUGGCCCCUCCUCCUCCUCUGCUCCUGCAUCCUCUGGCUCCUCCUCCUCUGCUCCUACCUCCUCUGCCCCCCCCCCCCCCCCUCCUCCACGAUCUGAGGGAAGCCAUUGCAGAAGAAGUGAAGGAGGUCGAGGAUGGAGUCGGGGACACAGAUGAGGGCGUAGACACCAGAAGCCGGACGCUCAGGAUCGCCAACACGACCUACACAACCAACACGACCUACACAACCAACACGACCUACACAACCAACACCACCAACUCCACCAACACGACCUACGCGACCAACACGACAAACACGACUUACGCGACCAACACGACCUACGCGACCAACACAACCAACACGACCUACACAACCAACACGACCUACACAACCAACACGACCUACACAACCAACACGACCUACACAACCAACACCACCAACUCCACCAACACGACCUACACGACCAACUCCACCAACUCGACCAACACGACCUACUCGACCAACACGACAAACACGACUUACGCGACCAACACGACCUACGCGACCAACACAACCAACACGACCUACGCGACCAACACGACCUACACGACACACACAACCAACACAACCUACGCGACCAACACGACCUACACGACAAACACAACCAACACAACCAACACGACAAACACGAUCAACACGAUCAACACAACCAACAGGACCUACGCGACCAACACGACUUACACGACCAACACGACCUACGCAACCUACACGACCAACAGGACAAACACAACCUACAAGACCAACACAACCAACAGGACCUACGCGACCAACAGGACCUACGCGACCAACACGAGCUACACGACCUACGCAACCUACACGACCAACAGGACAAACACAACCUACAAGACCAACACAACCUACGCGACCAACACGACCAACAGGACCUACGCGACCUACACAACCAACACGACCUACGCGACCAACAUGACCAACACGACCAACAGGACCUACGCGACCUACACAACCAACACGACCUACGCGACCAACAGGACCUACACGACCUACACGACUAACACGACCUACGCGACCUAUGCAACCAACAUGACCUACACGACCAACGCGACCUACACGACCAACAGGACCUACGCGACCAACACGACCUACGCAACCUACGUGACCAACCCGACCUACACGACCAACAGGAUCUACACGACAAACACGAUCAACACGACCUACGUGACCAACGCGACCAACAUGACCAACAGGACCAACACGACUUACGCGACCUACACGACCAACAGGACCAACGUGACCAACAGGACCUACGCGACCAACACGACGUACGCGACCAACACGACCUACGUGACCAACGCGACCUACACGACCAACAUGACCUACACGAUCAACACGACCAACAGGACCAACAUGACCAACACGACCUACGCGACCAACACGACCUACACGAUCAACACGACCAACAGGACCAACAUGACCAACACGACCUACGCGACCUACACGACAAACACGACCAACGUGACCAACACGACUUAUGCAACCUACAUGACCAACAGGACCAACACAACCAACGCGACCUACACGACCUACACGACCAACAGGACCUACGCGACCAACAGAACCUACGCGACCUACACGACAAACACGACCUACACGAUCAACAGGACCAACAUGACCUACGCGACCUACACGACAAACACGACCUACACGAUCAACACGACCAACAGGACCAACAUGACCAACACGACCUACGCGACCAACACGACCUACGCGACCAACACGACCUACACGAUCAACACGACCAACAGGACCAACAUGACCAACACGACCUACGCGACCUACACGACAAACACGACCAACGUGACCAACACGACUUAUGCAACCUACAUGACCAACAGGACCAACAGAACCAACGCGACCUACACGACCAACACGAUCAACACGACCAACAGGGCCUACGCGACCAACACGACCAACAUGACCUACGCGACCAACACGACCUACGCGACCUACGCGACCUACACGACAAACACGACCAACACGACCUACACGACCUACACGACAAACACGACCAACACGACCUACACGACAAACACGACCAACACGACUUACGCGAUCUACAUGACCAACAGGACCAACACGACCUACGCGACCAACACAACCUACGUGACCAACACGACCUACGCGACCAGUGUGGUGUGA